AUGGCCCCCACUUCCAUCUAUCAUGAGUGCAAUCAGAUCAUGCCGGGCGUGCUCCGCGCGCACCGUGCCGCGCUCACCUACCUCGAGUUCCGCAACCACACGGAGAUGGGCCCCCGCGACGACGAGCACGAGGACGGCGCGUCCGGCUCCGCCUCCCCCGUGUCCGCCACCUCGUUUUCGAGGGCCGCGAGAACGACGUCUCGACUCUCGGACGCGGACCACCUCCCGCCCCACCCGAACCUCGCCUUCGUCGACGUCUGGGUCUCCACCCCGCGCCGCGCACUCGCCUAUCGCCCCCACGCCCGCCUUGCGGAUUCUCCGUCUGAAGAGCUUCCGAUCUGCCGCAUUCAAGACAAUGCGCACGAUGUGGAGAUACUACUGCAGCUGCCGUAUGGGGACAUCAGCCUCUCCAACUCGAGCCUAUCAUUCUCCACUUUAGCCAGCAUCGCCCGCUUGAGCCACAAGUACGACAUGACGAGGGUUCUGGACCAGUGCAAGACACUCCUUCGUGGCCGUAUCCCUACUUCUUUCCUCAAAGUCACAAUAUAUAAGGACACCUUCGUCCCGCCUAGUCAAUGGAUGCAAGCUGUGAACCUUGUCCACGUCCUCGGAGAAACUCCCUUGUUUCCGUACUCUCUCUACAGGUGCUGCAUAGAGUACUCGGCCACUCAACUGCUCAAGGGGAUCCCACUAUUGGAUGGCACACUUGAAGAGCUCGAUCCCCAGACGGUCAUUUUACCUCGCGCCUCUCCAAUCCGCCUGCGCGUGGCGCGCCGCCUCGCGUCCCCACGCUUGCGCGGGAUCCCCGCCGUCGUCCGGCUCGAGCAUGUCGCGUGGACGGUCCGAUGGAUGUCCUGCGAUGAGUGUGCGAGGGAGGCGCUCCUCGCGGACUUCCCCGGGCGUGGAUGUGUCGGGAGCGUCGCGCUCUUCAGGCGACUGGGCGGCGCCUCCGCGGCUCGAGCGAGCGCGUCUCGCCGUUCCUACGCGCGUGCACGAGGGGCGUGA